AAUCUAUGUAUGUAUCUAUGUAUGUUUAAAUGUGUGAAUAUUUUUGUCGGAAUUCGCUUGUCAUGAAAGAGAAAAGAAUGCAAAAAUAGAGAAGGCAGUAUAAGCAUAAGAAUUGAAUUAAUUCAUUUUUUUCACAAUCUCACUUAUCGACGCUGAGUCGAUAAAAGGCGUAUGUCAGCAGAAAGGGAUUUCCUUGAUAUUAACAUGUUACCCACUGAUAAAUUUCUUGGGGUUCAUCCGGAGCACGUGGGUGGUUUUGCUGAAAAGCGAAUUUGUAAAAAAGUAUUGAUUUAUUAAAUGUAUUGUUAAUUGUGAAAAACAGAACAAUGAAAGAAAUGACGAUAUGUGCGGAUAACUCAAAACUAGUGCCAGCGUUUUUGCGGAGUAAAGGUCUAGUGAAACAGCACAUAGAUUCUUUUAAUUAUUUCAUUAAUGAAGAAAUUAAAAAUAUUGUUAAAGCAAAUGAGAAAAUCCAGAGUGAUGAAGAUCCACAUUUCUAUCUGAAGUAUUUAAAUAUACGAGUAGGUUUGCCUGAGGUUCAAGAAAGCUUUACUGUAAGUCGACUAAGUACACCACACGAAUGUCGUUUAAGAGAUUUAAAUUAUUCUGCUUCCAUAAUAGUAGAUAUUGAAUACAUAAGAAAUAAUCAGCGAAUAAGAAGGAAUAAUGUGGUUAUUGGAAAGAUGCCAAUUAUGUUGCGCAGUUCAAAUUGUGUAUUAAAUAAAAAGUCCCACAUGGAAUUGGCCAAAAUGAAUGAAUGUCCACACGAUCCAGGUGGUUAUUUCAUCAUAAAUGGCCAAGAAAAAGUUAUAUUAAUACAAGAACAAAUGGUUAGGAACAGAAUUAUUUUAGAAGAAGACAGCAAAGACUGUGUUGUUGCGUCGUGCAACAGUUUUACCCACGACAAAAAGACUAAGACAAAUAUUGUGGGUAAAGGUGGAAGAUAUUAUCUAAGACAUAAUAUGUUCCAAGAUGACAUUCUGAUUACUGUAAUUUUUAAAGCUAUGGGAAUAAUAAGCGAUUUGGAGAUCACGCAAAUGGUUGGAAUACAGGAAACGUAUUUGAACAAAUUUGCAGCUAGUUUAGAAGACUGUCAAGAAAUACGCAUUUUUUCACAGAAUCAAGCAUUGAAGUAUCUUAAUAAUAAACGAAGACAGACGAGAUUUCAUGUCCCGAAAUCUGUUCGCGUUACUGACGAGAUGAAGGAUCUAUUAGCAACAAAUAUAUUGUCUCAUGUACCUGUUGUCGAUUUUAAUUUCAGGCCAAAGGCAUUGUACCUUGCGCUGAUGGUUAGAAGAGUUAUUAACGCACAGUCUGAUCGUAGUUUGAUUGAUGACAAGGAUUAUUAUGGCAAUAAACGCCUAGAGUUAGCUGGUUCUCUUCUUGCUCUGAUGUUUGAGGAUCUGUUUAAAAGAUUUAAUUGGGAACUUAAACAGAUUGCGGAUAAAAAUAUUCCUAAGAUAAAAGCGGCAGCGUUUGACAUAGCUAGACACAUGAGGCAUGAUCUGAUUACCAAUGGAUUAGCUUUUGCUAUAUCAUCGGGCAAUUGGACAAUCAAGAGAUUUAGAAUGGAGAGACACGGUGUGACGCAAGUAUUAUCGCGCUUGUCGUAUAUUUCGGCGCUUGGCAUGAUGACGCGAGUCCAAUCUCAAUUCGAGAAAACUAGAAAAGUCUCGGGUCCGCGAUCGUUGCAAGGUUCGCAAUGGGGAAUGUUGUGUCCAAAUGACACACCCGAAGGAGAAGCUUGCGGUUUGGUAAAGAAUCUAACUUUGAUGGCACACAUCACCACAGAAGUGCCAGAGGAACCAAUAAUAAAUUUGGUACUUAAUCUUGGUGUGGAAAAUAUUUACACUCUUGCUGGUGAAGAGUUGACUAGCAACAACGCGUACUUGGUUUUUGUUAAUGGCAAUAUGGUAGGAAUUGUGCAAGAUUAUCAGAGACUAGUGAAUCAAUUCAGAUUCUUACGCAGAAAAGGAUAUAUUAAUAAUUUUGUAUCGAUAUAUACGCAACAUCGGCAUAAGUGCAUUCAGAUCAGUUCCGAUGGCGGGCGAUUAUGCAGGCCAUGCAUCAUCGUAAAGAAUGGAAAAUCUCUUGUUAAACCAAAACACAUAGAAAAUCUUGAGCGUAAUAUUACAACUUUUGAAGAUUUUCUGUAUGAUGGACUGAUCGAAUAUUUAGACGUAAAUGAGGAAAACGAUAGUUUAAUUGCGUGUACAGAAUCUGAGAUCAGUGAUGAUACUACGCAUCUAGAAAUCGCCGAGUUCACUAUAUUGGGAGUUUGUGCGGGAUUGAUACCAUAUCCACAUCACAAUCAGAGUCCAAGAAAUACUUAUCAGUGCGCUAUGGGUAAACAAGCAAUGGGGAUCAUAGGAUACAAUCAACGUAACCGUAUCGACACAGUGAUGUACAAUUUGGUAUAUCCGCAAACGCCCAUAGUAAAAACUCGAGCAAUCGAGUUGAUCAAUUACGAUAAACUGCCAGCGGGUGAAAAUGCAAUUGUCGCUGUGAUGUCAUAUAGUGGAUAUGAUAUUGAGGACGCAUUGAUCUUCAACAAAGCCUCCAUCGAUAGAGGAUAUGGAAGAUGCCUGGUAUAUCGAAAUUCGAAAUGUACAUUAAAGAAAUAUGCUAAUCAAAAGUAUGACAGAAUUAUGGGGCCAUCGAUAGAUGCCAAUACUAAGAAACCCAUAUGGAAGCAUGACAUUCUCGACAGCGAUGGGAUUGCGGCACCUGGUGAAAUGGUGGAAAAUAAGAAGGUAAUGGUAAACAAGUCAGUACCGGCACCAAGUGAGAAUAUGGGCCCUGUGCCAUCUGGCAAUGUACAAACGCAAACGGAAUAUCGGAAUGCGGAAAUCCAGUUCAAAGGGUUAGUUCCAGCAUAUGUGGAGAAAGUUAUGAUAUCUAGUAAUGCGGAAGAUGCCUUUUUAGUGAAGUUGUUACUGAGACAAACCCGAAGGCCAGAGAUCGGUGAUAAAUUUAGCAGUCGCCACGGACAGAAAGGUGUUAUAGGUUUAAUCGUGGAGCAAGAAGAUAUGCCGUUUAAUGAUUAUGGCAUGUGUCCUGACAUAAUUAUGAAUCCGCAUGGUUUUCCAUCUAGAAUGACAGUUGGUAAAUUAAUAGAGGUACUUGCGGGCAAAGCCGGCGUUGUGAAUGGAAAAUUCCAUGAUGCAACAGCAUUUGGUGGCGUCAAAGUGGAAGAUAUUCGUGAAGAAUUAGCGAAAAAAGGCUAUAAUUAUUUAGGAAAAGAUUUCUUCUAUAACGGCAUGACUGGACAGCCGCUAUUAGGAUAUAUUUACUCUGGACCAGUUUAUUACCAAAAAUUGAAACAUAUGGUGCAAGACAAGAUGCACGCUCGUGCCAGAGGACCAAGGGUAGUCUUAACUCGUCAACCAACAGAAGGACGUUCUAGAGAAGGUGGUUUACGAUUGGGUGAAAUGGAACGUGAUUGUUUGAUCGCUUAUGGAGCUAGCAUGUUAUUAGUAGAGAGGCUUAUGAUAUCGAGUGACGCUUUUAAGGUCGACGUUUGUAACAAAUGUGGUUUGAUAGGGUACAACGGUUGGUGCCAAAGGUGCAAAUCCAGCUCAUCCGUGUCUACGAUUACGAUGCCUUACGCGUGUAAAUUAUUGUUCCAAGAGCUACAAUCUAUGAAUGUAGUGCCUCGUUUAACUUUGAAGGAUUAUUGCGAUUGAAUGUACAAUUUUAAUAGUAAUAAUAAAGAACAUAUUACAACAA